AUGGCAAGUGCAAGAUUUCUAGUUUGCAGGAGUGCCGUAAUGGCAGGUGCAUCCAGGCCGUUGCUAGCAGGGGCUUCAAGGGCAAUGGCCCGGGUUGUUGCCCGGCAGCAUUGGCAAAAACAGGACAUUUACCGGGGAAUGGCAUCUUCAGCCGGCGGGAGGUCAAACGGGGUGAACAGCUCGUUGGCAGAGCAGGAGCAGCGGGCAAACAACGAACUGGCAAACGCCCGGACGCAGGCAGGGUUCUACAGAUCGCUUCUGCGGGCAAAUUAUCCACAUAUUGUGGUUUCGAGAUACGAGACACCUGGAAUAGCCACCAACAACGAGUGUGCAAGGAUGUACGUGGAGGCGUUGGUAAAGACGGGCGACCGCCGCAAGGCCGAGGGGGUUGCACGGACGUACGGGAUAGAUGUGGGAGGACUUGGAGUUGGAGUAGGUGGUGGAGUAGGCGGUGCAGGGAUGCGUGAUGGUGGAGUAAGUGGUGCAGGGAUGCACAAUAGUGGAGAAAUUAGCGGUGCGGGGAUACGCGGUGCAGGAAUAUUUGGAUCGCGGGAGGAGCCGCUUCACGUGGUUGUGACAGAAAGCCCCUGGAUGGUUUUUUCGCGGUGGGUGAAGUGGCUUGUGCCCGUGGGAUUGUUAACGUAUGGCGCAUACGUGGGAUUCAAUUUCCUCGUGGACAACGGGUCAAUAAUCAAGAAUUCGUCCGUGGAGGACAAGGCGGUGGAGGUGACGGAGUCAGAUGUUCGUUUUUCUGACUGCUGCGGGGUUGACGAGGCGAAGGCGGAGUUGCAGGAGGUGGUUGAAUUUUUGAAGGACCCGGGCAAGUUCACGUCGUUGGGGGCCCAGUUGCCUAAAGGAGUACUUUUGAGCGGUCCACCGGGCACGGGUAAGACGUUGCUCGCGCGGGCGACGGCUGGUGAAGCCGGGGUGCCCUUUUUCUUUAUGUCGGGGUCCGAGUUUGACGAGUUGUACGUGGGUGUUGGCGCCAAGCGCGUGCGGGAGCUUUUCGCGAAGGCGCGGGCGCGUGCGCCGGCCAUAAUUUUCAUCGACGAGUUGGACGCUAUCGGCGGAAAGCGGAAGGCGCGCGACCAGGCGUACGCAAAGCAGACUUUGAACCAGCUUUUGGUGGAGUUGGACGGAUUCUCGCAGACCCAGGGCAUCGUCGUUAUCGGCGCGACGAACUUCCCGGAGUCCUUGGACCGUGCGCUCACGCGGCCGGGCCGGUUUGACAAAAUAGUGACGGUGGACCUCCCGGACGUGCGCGGGCGCACUGCGAUCUUGCGGCACCACCUGCGCAACAUUGCGUGCGCGGGCGACGUGGACGCGUCGGUGAUUGCGCGGGGCACGACCGGGCUCUCGGGCGCAGGGUUGAAGAACUUGGUGAACACGGCGGCGUUGUACGCGUCGCAGGAGAAUGCGGCUAGCGUGCGCAUGGCGCACCUGGAGUGGGCAAAGGACAAAGUGCUCAUGGGCGGCGAGCGCAAGAGCAUGGUGAUGACAGAGGAGACCCGGCGCAACACGGCGUACCACGAGGCGGGCCACGCGAUUGUGGCGCUGUACACGGAGGGCGCGACACCGCUCUAUAAGGCAACGAUUUUGCCCCGGGGCCGCGCGCUCGGCGUCACGUUCCAGCUCCCGGAGAUGGACAAACUCGACAUCACGCGCCGCGAGUGCCUUGCGCGGCUUGACGUGUGCAUGGGCGGCAAAAUCGCAGAGGAGAUGCUCUACGGCGCCGCAAACGUGACCUCCGGCUGCAGCUCGGAUUUGGCGUCGGCGACGGCCACCGCAAGGGCAAUGGUCACGUCAUACGGGAUGUGCGAAGCCGUUGGUCCGGUCCGGCUCUCGGACAAAUGGGAGUCGUGGUCCCCCAAGCUCCGCGACUUGGCCGACCAGGAGACCCGCAAGUUGCUUGUUGAUGCCGAACAGAGGACUCGCAAGCUGCUGCAUGACCGCCGGGUCGAGCUCAAGCGGCUCGCCGAGGGACUUUUGCAGUACGAGACUUUGACGCGUGACGAGAUCGCCGCACUUGUUGCCGGACGGCCUAUUUCCAAGGUCAAAACCACCUCAAACACUGUUAUCAAGUCCCGGGGCACCCGGCCGGAGUACGAUGUUGUGUCGGGGGCAAAGAGCUUAGGCGUGGCAGCUGCGUCCCGGUCUUAA